UCCCCGCCGCGAGCCGGGCGGCGGAGCGGGGAGCGCUGCCCUGCGUCACGGGAGGCUGGCGGCCGGCUCCGCCACCCCUCCGGCAGCGGGAGCUGCCCCGCCACAGCCGGGGGCUGCAGGAGCGGCCCCGACACCGACACGGGCACCGCCGCCGGCGCCGCCUCCGUCCUGCGCGAGAUUUACGGAUUUCAGGGAAAAACCAGACCCCGCCAACCAUCGGGAAAGUCGGCCCGGAAAGGAAUUGCAAAAUCCCGGGAUCACCGGGAGGUUGGACGGGGUUUGGGGUCGUUCCCGGCGCUCUGCCGGCGCCCACCGACGGGAAAUUUAGGGUGCUUUAUCCACAGGAGCCCCGAGAAACAUCGCUUUGGAUUUAUUUCCUCAUUGGCAGCCAGGGGUUUUCCUCCCGGAGAGUGAAACCUCGGGAUCAGCCUCCCGGAGAGAUAAACCCUGCGCGGACAUGGCAGAGCCCGGCUCUCGGGCCGGCCGGGAUUCACAUCCCGGAGGAGCCAGGGGAACGCAGCUCGCCUGACUGGGAAUCUUGUUUUUAUCCAGGGAAUGCCGUUUUUAAACGGGGAAUGUUCUUUUUAACCGGGGUGCCGGGAUCCGGGGGGGUCACUUGGACAUAGGGACAUUGGCGUCACCUCGUAAGGGAUUUCUUCUCCACCUUUUUUUUUUUCCUUUUUGUUAUUAUUUUCCUGGGAAAGCGGCCAAGCCGUUUCCCACAGCGCGCGGUGGUGAUCCCGGAGCGGGAUUGGGGGGGUGUUUUGGCCGGGGGGGUUGCGUUCCGCUGGCUCCCCCCCCGCUCUUCCCGACCCGGGACCGGCCAUGGCGUUGAAAGCCAGAGCUCUUUACAACUUCCAGAGCGAAAACAAAGAGGAGAUCAGCAUCCAGGAGAACGAGGAGCUCGUCAUCUUCAGCGAGAACUCCCUGGACGGGUGGUUACAGGGCCAAAACAGCCGUGGGGAGACCGGCCUCUUCCCCGCUUCCUACGUGGAGAUCCUCCGCUCCCGCUCGGGCUCCAACUACACGGACUGUUCCAGCAGCCCGGUGGGCUCCCCCGGGCACGAUUCCUCCUUGUACUCGGCAUCCCCCAACCCCGCCAUCUCCUACCAGGGCAGUUUCGAGGAUGAUGAUGACGACGAUUGGGAUGACUGGGACGACACGUGCACGGUGGUGGAGGAGCCCCGGAGCGCGCCGGGCACCAACGGGCACCCCUCGCCCAGCCUGCCGUACCCCGCGGCCUACGGCCACCACCAGCACGACGGCCACCGGCCCAAGCCGGCGCUGGAGAGGCAGGACAGCAUGAGCUCCUCCAAGAGGGGCAGCGUGGUGGGCAGAAACCUCAACCGCUUCUCCUGCUUCGUCCGCUCCGGGGUGGAAGCCUUCAUCCUGGGUGACGUGCCCCUGAUGUCCAAGAUCGCCGAGACCUACUGCAUCGAGAUGGGCUCCAGAGGCCCGCAGUGGAGGGCCAACCCCCACCCGUUCAUCUGCUCCGUGGAGGACCCCACCAAGCAAACCAAGUUCAAGGGCAUCAAGAGCUACAUCUCCUACAAGCUGACGCCCAGCAACUUCAACUCUCCCGUGUACCGGCGCUACAAGCACUUCGACUGGCUCUACAACCGCCUGCUGCACAAGUUCACGGUGAUCUCGGUGCCGCACCUGCCCGAGAAACAGGCCACCGGCCGCUUCGAGGAGGACUUCAUCGAGAAGCGCAAGCGGCGGCUGAUCCUCUGGAUGGAGCACAUGACCAGCCACCCCGUCCUCUCCCAGUACGAGGGCUUCCAGCACUUCCUCUGCUGCCGCGACGAGAAGCAGUGGAAGCUGGGCAAACGCCGGGCGGAGAAGGACGAGAUGGUGGGCGCCAGCUUCCUCCUCACCAUCCAGAUUCCCACCGAGCACCAGGACCUGCAGGAUGUGGAGGACCGCGUGGAUGCCUUCAAGGCCUUCAGCAAGAAGAUGGAUGACAGCGUCCUGCAGCUGACCAACGUGGCGUCGGAGCUGGUGCGCAAGCACGUGGGGGGCUUCCGGAAGGAGUUCCAGAAGCUGGGCAAUGCCUUCCAGGCCAUCAGCCACUCCUUCCACAUGGACCCUCCCUACAGCUUGGAUGCCCUCAACAACGCCAUCUCCCACACGGGCAAGACGUACGAGACCGUGGGGGAGAUGUUCGCUGAGCAGCCCAAGAAUGACCUGUUCCUCAUGCUGGACACUCUCUCCUUGUACCAAGGGCUCCUCUCCAACUUCCCGGACAUCAUCCACCUGCAGAAAGGCGCCUUCGCCAAGGUGAAGGAGAGCCAGCGGAUGAGCGACGAGGGCAGGAUGGACCAGGAGGAGGCGGACGGGAUCCGCAAGCGCUGCCGCGUGGUGGGCUUCGCCCUGCAGGCCGAGAUGAACCACUUCCACGAGCGGCGCGUGGCCGACUUCAAGAGGAUGAUGCAGUCCUACCUGAGGCAGCAGAUCGUCUUCUACCAGCGCGUCAGCCAGCAGCUGGAGAAGACGCUGCGCAUGUACGACAACCUCUGAGCCUCGUCCCCCUGUGUGUGCCCGCAGCCCCCUGGGCUCCCUGGGGCCGCACGGGAACUCAUCACGCUAGUGACCAAAUGACUUUGGGCUUUCUGCCCCCUCCCCGGGCUGGCAGGGAGGGGCUCGCCCGCGGGCUGGCCGUGCCACCUCUUCCUUUCUUUCCCUGGGGAGCUCCCACCCUGCCACGGGUCUGGCGGGAGCGUGGGGGUCCACAAGAGGGACAGGUGGAGAGGUGACGGUGCUGGGUCUCUGCCCAGUGAUUUUUAGCUUUCUGAACACCCACUCUCCUGGAGCAGGGGUGGGUGCAUGCCAGCCCGCUGGGAGAAGAAAUCCAAGCGGUCGACAUUUUGCACACUAAAAGCUUUUCUGAUGGAAAAAAAAAAAGAGAGGAAAAGAGAUCUUUAUUUGGAAGAGAUUUUUUUUGUUUGUUUGUCACAAGAUAUUUUCAAUAUUUUCCAUUUUUCUGCAGCAUUUUUACCGAUCAGUUUUUAACUAGAUGCACAGAGGCAAAGGGAAAUCUCUUUCUCAAGUAUGGCUGCUGACUGGGAAAAGGGAGAAAAAAGGAAAAAAAGGGAAAAAAAAUAGCCCCACAGCCUUUUCAAUAAAAUCAUUGGUAGAAAAAACA